AUGUAUAUAAUAAUUGCAUCUGCCAUUAUUCUUGCUAUCAGUUUUACUAUCCAACUAACAAAAGUCACUCCCAAAAAAAAGUUAUAUCUUCUGGACCUAUUUCUUAUCCUUCUAAGUGCAAUGGCAAUCUAUAGCGAAACCACGCAUAAGUUAGGUGAUUUUACAGAGCAGUUAUAGGCUGCAUUUUCAAAAUAAUACCCAAUUGAACAUUAAUUGGAUGAACUCCUUCUCAAAAAUCAACUGCAUAUCCACUCAUAUCAGCUAUUUUACGGCAUGAAAUAGGAUGGAAUUUCCACAUUCCUUUAAUUCAUCAUCAAUAAGUCAAUUAAGGAAGGACAAUAAGCUAUAUACAUUAAUAUCUAAUCUGAGAUUUAAACUUAAGAGCAAGCCUUGUAGCAAUUCGGCACCAACAACUUACAUGAACUCAUUCAUUUUACUUAGUAAAAACCAACCACAAUUGCUAUUGACAAUUUGCAUUUAUCACUCAGCAAAAAACAAUGUUUUAUCUGUUCAAUAUUGAGUAAUCUCCAUAAAUUUAACACUACAACACUUCUCAUUAGUGCCAAGGAAUUACACAAUUUAAAUUAUAUGUUAGAUGACUAUAGUGUCAAUGUCAUGGAAAUUAGAGAAUUUAAUAAUGGAAAAUAAUUACAUUUUAGAUAUGACUGGAAUUAACAAUCCAUUUAAUACGGAAAGAGAUAUGAUGGUAUUGCUAUCCUCUUAUUCAAGAUGUUGUCUUGUAAAAACAAAAGGAGUUUGCGAUUAGUUUGACUGAAACAGAAAAAUAAUUAAUGGAUAACAUUAGAAAGUUAAUUUGCAAAACCAAAUGCGAAAAUUAAAAUGUUAAAAUAGAUGAUUUGUAACAUUAUCCAAUCUAUCAUAGAACCUAUCAAUAUUCGGAUUUAAAGCAAAUUGUAGAAAAAAAUUAUGUGAUCGCUAAAUUUGGAUAUGUGAGAUUUUACAAUAGUUUUAUAUUUGAGUCAUUACAAUAUUUAUGA